AUCAAGAAAACCCCAACCCCACGUCUUUAACAAACCUAUCAAACCAUUCUUGUCCCCAAAAAAAAUUCUUCUUCUUCUUCUUCUAUCAUCUUCUCCUCCUCCUCCUCCAUUGACAUGACUAUGCUUCAAUCCGAUCAAGUCAAACAACUCAAAGACAUUUUCAAGCGCUUCGACAUGGACUCCGAUGGAAGCCUAACACAUCUUGAGCUCGCGGCACUCCUUCGUUCUAUUGGACUCAAGCCCAAUGGUGACCAACUCCAUGUUCUAUUGGCUAACAUGGAUUCAAAUGGAAAUGGGUCUAUUGAGUUUGAUGAAUUGGUCAAAGCAAUUUUACCCGAUAUGAGCGAGGAGGUUUUGAUCAAUCAAGAGCAACUCAUGGAGGUUUUUAGAUCGUUUGAUCGUGAUGGCAAUGGAUACAUCACUGCAGCCGAGCUAGCUGGCCAAAUGGCCAAGAUGGGCCACCCUUUAUCUUAUCGUGAGUUGUCAGAGAUGAUGACUGAGGCCGAUACCAAUGGAGAUGGUGUCAUUAGUUUUAAUGAGUUUGCAGGCAUUUUAGGAAAAUCAGCAGCUGAUUUUCUUGGCCUCACCGUGUCCUAGCCGGUGUUUUUUGUGGUAUAUAUGUUGUUAAUGGUGUGCACAUCAUGUCUUUUUUCAUCCACGAUAUCGUCAUUAUCAUCGUCAUCGUUGUUGUUGUUAUGAUUUCUGAUUAAAAUUUGAUAGAUGGUGGUCAUGGGUGAUUACUUGACUUUGAGAUCUCAUUGACAUUUUCCUUUUGUUUUUUAUAUUUUCUUUUGUAUUUUUAGUUUGUUUCUUGUGUUUUUGUGCUCAUAUAGGACCUCAAGUGCACAUGAUUGAAGGAGAUGGAGAGUUGUACUAAAAGGGAAGUAUAUUGUAACAAGAAAUUGUGAUACCUCAACUCCUCUCAAUAAUAGAAAUAUUUAUAAACACAUCUUGCAGUUUAUUAAUCUC